UCGGAAGUAGGUUGACUGCCUUCAGCAGUUGCAUUUUCGGUGGUCGAAAUUACAGGCAAGGAUUUGUAAUAUCCCAAGGGGUCUCAUGAGCAUAUGAGAAUACAAAACCGUGUACCAGCUCUGCAUGACGCCUUUGAGAAUUUGGGAGGACCUGUGCUUCGUGUGGAAGACCGUCUUUACUUUCUUACUAUCACUUGGACAUAGCAAACGUAUCGAUUUGCCGUGAACACGCACCACCUGCAUACUCGCAUCAAAUCAACCAUGAGCAGCAAAGAAGAGGCAUUGGAGCUUGCUCCAGACAUUCAGUCAUCAACCCCAAAAGAAGAGAGUGAGGAAAAUGAGAAGCUGAGCAGCACAGAAGCAUUUUUGCUUGUCCUUUCUCUAUGCAUUUCCACAUUUAUUGCGGCCAUUGAACAGACAAUCGUCUCUACUGCCGUCCCAACCAUAGCCAAAUCCUUCCAUGCUUCCUCGGUCGACUAUGCCUGGAUCGGAACGGCCUACUUACUUCCUGCGGCUGCUUCGGCUCCCCCGUGGGGUGCGCUUAGCGACAUCUUUGGCCGCAAACCAACACUGCUCGCAGCCAUUGCCAUUUUCUUCAUCGGCUCCCUUAUCGGAGCACUUGCCCCUAACAUGGAUGCUAUCCUUGCCGGAAGAGUGAUUCAGGGUACCGGUGGUGGUGGAAUCUUAGGCUUGUCAGCGACAGUCAUUGGUGAUGUGUUCAGUCCCCGCGAUCGAAGUAAGUAUUACGGUAUAAUUGGUGUGACAUGGGGCCUGGCCUGUGGACUUGGUCCCAUAGUUGGCGGCGCCUUCGCUCAGUAUGUCAGUUGGAGAUGGUGUUUCUGGAUCAAUUUGCCGAUUGCUGGUCUUGCUGCUGUAUUCGUCUUCUUCUUCCUCAAGGUUCACACACCUAAAACACCUAUCAUCCAGGGGCUUCUCGCCAUGGAUUGGCUCGGCACGCUUUUACUGGUUUGCGCAACUGUUAUGUUCUUGCUAGGGCUGGGCUACGGUGGCGUUACGCAUCCGUGGGGUUCGCCCAUCGUUGUCUGCCUCAUCGUCUUUGGUGUGGUCACGUUAGGCGUAUUUGCUUUGGUGGAGUGGAAGGUGGCUAAAUAUCCCAUCGUUCCACUGAGACUUUUCCAGUCGAUCUCUAACAUCAGCGUCUUCGGUAUCGCAUACAUACACGGCGCUGUGUUCAUCGCCAAUCUUUAUUAUCUUCCUCUAUACUUCCAGAGCGUCCUCGGUGCCAGUCCGCUCCUCUCGGGUGUCUAUCUACUCCCGGUAGCAGUCACCUUGUGCGUUUUGUCGAGCCUGAGUGGAUACUACAUUACCUUGACGGGCAGAUAUCGACCACCUAUCUACAUCGGCCUGACCAUAAUGCUUCUGGGACACGGUCUCUACAUCGACCUUCAGGCUUACCCAUCCUGGCCACGGAUCAUUAUUUACCAGAUCAUAGCUGGGCUAGGACUUGGCCCGGUCUUCCAAGCUCCUAUAAUGGCCAUAUUCACUCUCACAAAACCCGCGGAUAUUGCAAGCGCAACGACGACACUACUAUUCAUUCGUGACAUCGCAACAGCCAUGUCAAUUGUCUUCGGAGGCGUCAUCUUCCAGAACCGCAUGGCCCAGCAGUCUGGCGAGAUCACUGCGGCCCUUCCAUCCGAUACGGCCCAAAAGAUCCUCAUGGGCGAGUCAUCAGGCGCGCUAGACAUCAUCCCAACCUUGCCAGAAGCCCAGAGGCAGGUCGUGGUUGAGGUGUAUACUCAGAGCUUACGCACCGAGUGGAUAUUCUACACUGCACUUACCGCUGUAGCACUGCUCUUGAGCCUUUUAAUCAGUAAGCAGAUGCUCUCUAAAGAGCACAAGAUUCACAAGACGGGACUCGAUACGAUGGAGCAAUCUCGACUAGAGGAAGAACAGAAGAAGAAGAAGGAGGGUGGAGAAACGCACGUAUAGAUCGUUGUUUUCGGCAUACUGGGUCAAACAAUGUAUAAUACUUAGAGAACACAAAUUCUACAAGACGGAAUUUGGGACAAUGGUGGUAUUUCGAUUAAAUGGAAAAGGAAGGGAGGGAGGAAGGAUGGACAACCGAAAGCAUAGAUCGUUUUCUUCGGCCCACUAAGUUAAACCGCACGUAAUAUACCAGGCUCUGCUACUUACCCAGCAGUCUGUCGCUUUUAAAAAAUAAGAAAAGAUAUAAAAAAUUUAAAAAAA